AAUAAGACAUCUGGAUUGUGAAGAUCUCCUCUGAACGGUUUAUCGCGAGAAAACCCGAAUUCUCAGCAGGCCUACAGCGAGAUUUCCUCCUACCUCUCCGUAUGCGAAAUCGGCUGCUGUCAUCCCUAAAACAGAUUGUUAGUCUGAAGACGCUCACUGUUGAAUCAUGGGGAAUAUUUUUGGUAAUCUCCUGAAGAGCCUCAUAGGAAAGAAGGAGAUGAGGAUUCUGAUGGUUGGGUUAGAUGCUGCUGGUAAAACAACAAUCCUGUACAAACUCAAGCUGGGGGAGAUUGUUACCACCAUCCCAACCAUUGGUUUUAAUGUGGAGACAGUGGAGUAUAAGAACAUCAGUUUCACAGUGUGGGACGUUGGUGGCCAGGAUAAGAUCCGACCCCUCUGGAGACACUACUUCCAAAACACACAGGGUCUGAUCUUUGUGGUGGACAGUAACGAUCGAGAGCGUGUGAACGAAGCCAGGGAGGAGCUGAUGAGGAUGUUGGCAGAAGAUGAGCUGCGUGAUGCUGUUCUCCUAGUUUUCGCCAACAAACAGGACCUGCCUAAUGCAAUGAAUGCAGCUGAGAUCACAGAUAAGCUGGGCCUCCACUCACUGCGUCACCGCAACUGGUACAUCCAGGCCACCUGUGCAACCAGCGGUGAUGGCCUGUACGAAGGCCUUGACUGGCUGGCCAAUCAGCUGAAGAAUAAGAAAUGAGGGUUCUCAGGCAGGUGUGGAGGGCUUAUUUAGGGCAAGGGGCGGGGAAACUUGGGGUUAUCGUAUUAUUUGGUUUGGUUUUGUUUGUUUACAUUUGAUUUUUUGCAAAUCUGUGGUUAUUAGAGCCUUCAGAUGGUCUGUGUAAAUGGACUCAUCACACAUGUCAAAAUAUAUAUGGACACAUGGAAAACACAUACACUUGUACACCUCAACAAACCCAUGAGCACACAAAUAUCAUCUCUGCUUUUCAGUGGUUUCUCUUUAUUCAGUCUAAAAUGGACCUUAAAUCACACAGUCAAGUACACAAGUAAUAUAAUAGAGUAUAAUAGAAUAGUCCCAGAAUAGUCAUUAUUUCUCCAUGCACACCAUGUUUUCUUUGGUUUCACUGUAUUUUCAUUUCCCCACAAUGACAAAAGUUUUCUCUAAAAUAUAGUAAGCUGAAGCAGUUUCAUCUGUUUAAUAUUUUAGAUUCAUAUAGUUAGAUUUUCUAUGAUGUAUGAUCAUUAUGAUUGUAAUGCAGUUUGUCUCAUCACACACACAAACACACAAACACACAAACACACGCUCUCUCUCUCUCUCUCUCUCUCUCUCUCUCUCUCUCUCUCAAUCACACACAGACAAACAUAAGCACACACCACACUCACACACAUGCACACACAUGCUAACAUUAAGCAGCUCUCUCCUUCUCCUGCUGGUCAGUAACUUUGUUAGUCAGAGUUGAGUGUGCUGUGUAAACAUGCACCCCGCUGUGUCCUCCUGCAUGGCUUUCUCCUUCACUGUGGCUUGUAGAGUCUUGUGGCUUAGUAGACAGUAGAUUGCAUGUAUAGGUGUUGUAGAGGCAUGGAGCUGCUAUGUGUUGCAUGCUGCUUUGUUGUAAUAUUGUGUUAGUAAGGUGUAUCAUAAAUGGCUAAUCAUUUAGAUGUAAACAAUGGAAUAUUAUUGAUUUAUUGGAGUAAAAGGAAUCAUGGAUGGUUGUGAAAAAAUGUGUGAGAACACCAAGAACACAGUGCACAUGCCAUUGUUGGCUGGUCUACAGUAAAAUCGGUACAGAAUGAUACAGCUCCAUAAGAAUCUGUAACUGUGUUGUUUUAGGUGGGUAGAGUGUUGGAGAGAAAAAAACAGGAUGCAACAUUGUAGUGUUAUUUGUUCACAUUGUGCUUCUUUCUGCAUGGCAUGCAUGCUGCUUAGAUAGAUAGAUAGAUAGAUAGAUAGAUAGAUAGAUAGAUAGAUAGAUAGAUAGAUAGAUAGAUAGAUAGAUAGAUAGAUAGAUAGAUAGAUAGAUAGAUAGACAAAUAGACAGAUAGACAGACAGAUAGAUAGAUAGAUAGAUAGAUAGAUAGAUAGAUAGAUAGAUAGAUAGAUAGAUAGAUAGAUAGAUAGAUAGAUAGAUAGAUAGAUAGAUAGAUGCAGAAUAUCCCUGUGGUUGUCCAUGUUGUAGGUGAAUGUUUAUUAAUUUACAGUGUAUAUGAUUUGAAUAUGUAUCGUUUCUGUCUCUUUGCCUUUUUUAAUACACUAAUAGACAAGCUAAGAAAAUUUGCUUUUGCAUUUAGUGUUGUGAGAAGGAUAAUGUUAGCAAUUAACAGAGCAAACUACCAGUACACAGGCAUACACACACACACAUACACACACACACACACAAUCAGUGCUUUGAUAUAAAUUGCAUUAUGUUACAUUUUUCAAUAUCUUUCCCUGUGUUUCCUGUAAGUAUUCUAUUCUGUUUGUAAUACAUGAUGUGAGGAUUUGUAACAUAUCACUCCCACUGAAUGUGAACUCUGUGUUAUUAUUUAUUUGCUCAUAUUGUGUCAUGUGAUCUUUAUUUAUUGUAUUUAUUUGAAUAUUGUCUUCAUGUAAGCAGCAGAAUGAUUAUUUGAAUAUUUAUGUGUCAGGGUUGUUUUUGCUCAGUGUUGGUUAAACUGGUUUUCAUAUGGCACGUAUCCAUUUCAUACAGUGCUGAAACUUUAUGUACAAUAAAGAUAUUCUGUUUACCAAGGCAUCUGGCCGAAUAGUAGUGCAUGGUAUUUUGAUAGCAGACCUUACAUUAGGCUACAGAUGCUGGACCAAUGUAUAUUUUGCUAUAAGACUCAGUCUACAUUACUGUUACACAAAUGCUGCUGUUCUGAACGGAAAUCUUAAAGCUUAUACUACAAUUAACAUUCAUAGUACUAAUGCCACUGUGAGUCAUGUGCACAUCCUCAAUAAAAUCCUCAAUAAACAGCUGUCAGACCAAGAAAAUCUGUUGCUGGUGAGGGCUCAAUCUGAACUGUUCUCCACUACUAACCGACUACAGUGCAAAUCUUUCACAGCUAUAAGAUUAACAUAUUCUUUCACAAUAUUGUAACACAAAUAACCUCCUCUUCUACACUCACACACCGUUUAAUGCAGACACUCUUACUGCAUUUCUAUAUCUAUACAUAUAUCAUACUGCCGGUGCUUUACAGUACUGUGCAUGUAAAGCUGUUCCAGAUCAGUAGAAAUAGUCACAGUACAAGCAAAGCAUGGCUUUUCAUCCACAGAAAUGUUACUGUCUUUGAUUCUUUGUACCAUUUACACAAAGCAUCUAAAAUUCUAAUUCUACAUUAGAUCAUGUCUCUGUGCGAUCCACACAUACUGUAAUGUGUGAUUCACAUCCUAUGUGUCCAGUUAUGUUUUGUGGCCUUAUAUGCUGUAUUACAGUAAAGAAUAAAUACUCAUAUACAUUUAUUGAU